UGCGUUGUAACUUUGCCAAAAUUCAGUAAAAAUGGGUAAAUUAAAUGUCACUGUGCUGCGCUAUCUAACGAAGGAGGAUUUCCGCGUCCUCACCGCCAUCGAGAUGGGCAUGAAAAAUCACGAGCUGGUGCCGGGACCAUUGGCCGCGGCCAUAGCCAACCUGAAGACUGGCGGUGUCCACAAGCUGCUCAAGGAGCUCUGCAAGCACAAACUACUGUCGUACGAACGUGGAAAAAAGUAUGAUGGGUAUCGCUUGACAAACACUGGAUAUGACUAUCUGGCCCUGAAAUCUCUUACAUUGCGUGGGUCAGUGAGCUCUUUUGGCAACCAAAUUGGGAUUGGCAAGGAGUCAAACAUUUAUGUGGUGGCCGAUGAGGAGGGAACUCCCAUUUGCCUGAAGUUGCAUCGUCUGGGACGCACCUGCUUCAGGAAUGUCAAAGCCAAGCGAGAUUAUCAUGGACGUCGGCACAAGGCCUCCUGGUUGUAUUUAUCGCGAAUUUCGGCUACCCGAGAGUUUGCCUACAUGUCGGCAUUGCAUGAGCGCGGCUUUCCUGUCCCGAAACCCAUCGAUUUCAAUCGUCACUGCGUUUUGAUGGAUCUGGUCAAUGGUUGGCCCAUGACCCAAGUGCACGAGUUGUUGGAUAUUCCACAAGUCUAUGAUGACCUCAUGAAUCUGAUUGUCCGUUUGGGCAACUCUGGUGUGAUCCAUGGCGAUUUUAACGAGUUCAAUUUGAUGCUCACGGAUGCGGGAAAGCCUAUACUGAUCGAUUUUCCCCAGAUGAUGUCCACCUCGCAUGAAAAUGCUGAAUUUUUCUUUGAUCGCGAUGUGAACUGCGUUCGCGAAAUGUUCCGUCGUAAAUUCGCCUACGAAAGCGAAGAUUAUCCCAAGUUCAGCGAUCUGGUGCGCGAUGAUGAUUUGGAUGCUGAGGUGCACUGCACUGGGUAUGGCUUCACCAAGGAGAUGGAACAGGAUCUGUUGCAGGAGUAUGGCAUGGUGGAACAGUCGGAGGACGAAGAAGAUGAAGGUGAGGAAGAUGAGGCGCCUGCUUUGGUGACAGCGGCAGCUGUAGAGAUCGACGAGUGCCGUCGUCAGGUGGAGAAUGAGGUGCUCUAUAGCGAGGCGAAGCCAGCUCAGAAAUCAGAUGAUGCCAUUCGUCGAUACAUUGAAUCGUGUACCCAAUAUUUGGGCAAUCUGACUGUGGGUCCAGAGAUUAUCGAUGCGGAAUUGCCAUCGAAGCCAAUAGCCUCCGAUCCAGUUCCAACUCCAGAGUCGAGGCCUCAAGGCGAUGUUCCACUUGUUGCUCCUGCACCUCAAGGCAUUGUUCCACCAGUGGCUCCAGGUGCCGACGCACCCGCAGAAGAUGCCAAAUCCAUUAGCUCCAAUGACCUGGAAACAGAUGAAAUUCCCGAGCUGGCCGGCUUGGAUCCCAACUCCCGCAUGUAUCGCCUGAAAAUGGUCGAGCAAAUGCUCAACGAUGCGAGAAGUCAGCGCUCGUAUUCCACCACGACAAGCACAAUAGCACCAUCCGUUAUCACCGAUCGCAUACGCCGCAACAUGGACAUCAAGGAGAAGCGAGAUCAGCGCAAGAAAUGCGUGGCCAAGGGCGAAGCCAGCGCCAUUCAUCGCCAUCGCAAGGAGAACAAGGAUGUGGUGAAGGAGUAUGCCGGUUGGGACUUUUAAAAUAAAAAGGUAUAUAAUUUGUUGGUACCUUACACUUUAGUGAUACCUAAUUUAAUGAUAAAAACGAAGCCAUCCCAGAUAAACGAGAUUUGAAGAUCAAUUUGUGGCGAUCUGUUCAUCUCGGGUAACACGUGUAAACUCGGGUAAACUUACUUUUAUUAUGUACAUUUGUAAUAAACAGCACUCGCUCGUUCUUUA